CCGCCGCUGGCCAAGGUGCUGGACACGACGGGCCCGCGGGCCACCUCGCCAGCUCAAGCCUCAGCUUUUGCUGCCGCUGCCUCGCUCCAAGCCCGUUCCCCAUGGAAGAGAUGGAAGAAGAGUUAAAAUGCCCCGUGUGCGGCUCCUUCUACCGGGAGCCCAUCAUCCUGCCCUGCUCUCACAAUUUAUGCCAGGCGUGCGCCCGCAACAUCCUGGUACAGACCCCAGAGUCCGAGUCUCCCCAGAGCCGUCGGGCCUCUGGCUCCGGGGUCUCCGACUAUGACUACCUGGACCUGGACAAGAUGAGCCUGUACAGCGAGGCGGACAGCGGCUACGGCUCCUACGGGGGGUUCGCCAGCGCCCCCACUACCCCCUGCCAGCGGUCCCCCAAUGGUGUCCGCGUGUUCCCCCCAGCUAUGCCGCCACCGGCCACCCACCUGUCACCGGCUCUGGCCCCGGUGCCCCGCAACUCCUGUAUCACCUGCCCCCAGUGCCACCGCAGCCUCAUCCUGGAUGACCGGGGUCUCCGCGGCUUCCCCAAGAACCGCGUCCUGGAGGGGGUGAUUGACCGCUACCAGCAGAGCAAAGCGGCGGCCCUCAAGUGCCAGCUCUGCGAGAAGGCCCCCAAAGAGGCCACCGUCAUGUGCGAACAGUGCGACGUCUUCUACUGCGAUCCCUGCCGCCUGCGCUGCCACCCGCCCCGGGGGCCCCUGGCCAAGCACCGCCUGGUGCCCCCGGCCCAAGGCCGCGUGAGCCGGCGGCUGAGCCCGCGCAAGGUGUCCACCUGUACAGACCACGAACUGGAGAACCACAGCAUGUACUGUGUGCAGUGCAAGAUGCCCGUGUGCUACCAGUGCCUGGAGGAGGGCAAACACUCGAGCCACGAGGUCAAGGCUCUGGGGGCCAUGUGGAAACUGCACAAGAGCCAGCUCUCGCAGGCGCUGAACGGACUGUCCGACAGGGCCAAGGAAGCCAAGGAGUUUCUGGUGCAGCUGCGAAACAUGGUCCAGCAGAUCCAGGAGAACAACGUGGAGUUUGAAGCCUGCCUGGUGGCCCAGUGCGACGCCCUCAUCGACGCCCUCAACAGAAGGAAGGCCCAGCUGCUCGCCCGCGUCAACAAGGAGCACGAGCACAAGCUGAAGGUGGUUAGAGAUCAGAUCUCUCAUUGCACAGUGAAAUUGCGCCAGACCACCGGUCUCAUGGAGUACUGCCUGGAGGUGAUCAAGGAGAAUGACCCCAGUGGCUUUUUGCAGAUUUCCGACGCACUCAUCAGGAGAGUGCACCUGACUGAGGAUCAGUGGGGGAAAGGCACGCUCACUCCCCGGAUGACCACGGACUUCGACUUGAGCCUGGACAACAGUUCUUUGCUACAGUCCAUUCACCAGCUGGACUUCGUGCAGAUGAAAGUGGCCUGGUUUGCUUUCGACCCUGGCUCCGCGCACUCUGACAUCAUCUUCUCCAAUGACAACCUGACUGUGACCUGCAGUAGCUACGAUGACCGGGUGGUGCUGGGGAAGACGGGCUUCUCCAAGGGCGUCCACUACUGGGAGCUAACUGUGGAUCGCUAUGACAACCACCCGGACCCUGCCUUCGGUGUGGCGCGCAUCGACGUGAUGAAGGAUGUGAUGUUAGGAAAGGACGACAAAGCUUGGGCAAUGUAUGUGGACAAUAACCGGAGCUGGUUCAUGCACAACAACUCGCACACCAACAGAACUGAGGGAGGGAUCAACAAGGGGGCCACCAUUGGGGUCCUCCUCGACUUAAACAGGAAAACCUUGACCUUUUUUGUCAACGACGAACAGCAAGGCCCCAUAGCCUUUGAGAAUGUGGAGGGCCUGUUCUUCCCUGCAGUCAGCCUCAACAGGAAUGUGCAGGUCACGCUUCACACGGGGCUCCCGGUCCCCGAUUUCUACUCCAGCCGAGCCUCAAUAGCCUAAAGCUGCAUCGUGGAGACACCAGCUGCCUGUCUUACCUCCACCCCAAAGUAGCAGAGGCUCUGCCAGCCUGCUGGGCGAUGAGGAAGAGGAGGAGGAGAGAACAGCUGGCUGUCCACAGUCUUCACACCCUCAGCUUUGUCCUGCCCUUCAGCCUCUCCAUUGCUGUAAUGCCUGCAUUCACGUCCACGUUUAGUCAUUUCAAUCAACACAGGACCUAGACAGCCCACCGUGUCCCUCUCAAAGUCUGCUUUUAUUUCACGUAGGUUUUGUUGUGGUGGUUUUAAUUGAUUUAGGUGAGUUACAUUGUGUUUCCGGUCAUCUUAUUGGUGACGUACUGAACUGGCAUUGCCAAGAGAAACGUCUCUUGAUGACUUUUUUAUUAUGCUUUCUAGUGGUGAAAGAGGUUGUAGGGGGCAGCUAGGCAAGAAUGGGCUGACUUUGAAGAUGGUGGUUUACUUUCUAGAAUGUUCUUGUCCAGGUGCCUAUCGUACAGUAUUGGCUCUGCAGAGCUUAUCUAUGGGAGCUGGCCACCAUGAGGUUUUACUGUCCAUUGAAGCACUGAAGUGUCAGCCACGUGGCUUCACAAGCGUUCGCAGUGGAGCAGCAUAGGAAAAUUAAAGUAACCUGGUCAUUAGGACAGGCCCCAAACCAUGAAGCUAGAAAGUUCCUAGACAUAUGCAGAUCAAGGGACUUGGUGAUUUGGUUUACUUUAGGAUGCAUAUUAUUAAUUGAGAACCUUCUAAGGACCAAGCACCGUUCUAGACACUGGCGACAAAGCACUGGAUAAGAUGCGCAAGAACUCUGCCUCCUAGAGCUUGUCUUCCAGUAGGAGAGCAGACCAAACCGUCAAAUCAAACCAUCACGAAUGGCCAUGCGCACUAUAAAGGAAACAAACAAGAGGCAAAGAGGCUCAUGGGUGAGACCUUCCAGAUCCCCAGGGGGCUGCUAAACACUCACCCCUUCUGGCCAUAGGACCAAUGCAUUGUCCACUCUCUAAGUACCAACGCAAUGACUUCUCAAGUGUACUGUUUAAGUUACGGCUCAUUCAGGCGCCCUCUUGGUAGUAAUGGGUCAGCAUUCUAUUUGUCAAUGCUGCGAUGACACUGAGCCUUAAAAAUGGGAGGCAGGUGUUUGUUUGUUUUUUCUUUUUUCCCUUAAUCGAGAUCUUUCUAACUGAGGGUAGUCUCAUGAGUAGCCAGAGGAGGGAGAGCCUAUACUGAAUAGUCGAGGAUGUUAAGGAGCAAUCCACGGCCCUCAUGGUCUCAAGAGGAACACACUUUUCAUCACAUGUUACUUGUACCUGCUGACACAUGUAAGCCCUCCCCACCUGCUGCCACUCACACCCUUUCUGCAGUUGCUCCGCUGAGGUUUACAGAGAAAGUGAAAUAGUCAGGCAGGAGAUGGCUGAAGGUAGAGUGGUGGCGCUGACUGCUUCCAGGUAGAGUUCGCUCUUCAGACGCUUCAGUCAACACGAGGUGGUGGGAAACGUGGUACUUGGAAAGAGUGCAGGAGGUUCUGAUUAACAGCCUAAAUGUGUUCCCUCAGCCACGCGAUUCGCCAUGAGUAAGACAUUAUCACAUAAAGGGGAAGGAAGACAGCAUGGGGAGGCUAACGAAUUAAAGUCCUGGCCAAAAAAAAAAAAGUAGUUUGUACAUGUAAAUAGUUAAUUAUUUACUUUUAUGCUUACUUUCUUUAGAUUGUUUCUAUCAAUUACCAUGGUUUGUUUGUUUUUUUCCCUAGUUAAAUGUAUCUAAUUUAUUGAAUGGGUGCUAUCCUGUUUCUGUCCAAUGUGGUUUUUCUCAGCUAUAGAAAAAUCUCUGUUGCGGGGCAACACUAGUUUGAUAUUUGAUUUAAUCUCUAAUGAGACUCGAUGGCUGGGCCGCUGUAGACUCAUAGUUACUCUUGUUCUUUCUGAAAUCCAUCCUGCUAAUUAGAUUCCCAGUGAUUUGUAACAUGUAGUUUACACUGAAUUGCAGAUAUAGAUGCCUAUGGCUACCAUACUAGGAAUAAAAAAAUAAAAACAACUGUCAUGUCUGCUGUGCCAAUAAAUGAUUUUUAUGAGAGAACA